UAACGAAGGUUAACUAAGUGGUGGCGGGGUUAUCCGAGUUACCUUAGGCGGCGGUGGUGGUGGAGUUACCUCCGUGGUGGUGGUGUUACUUAGUUAUCGAAGGUAGUGUUGGUGUUACCUCAAGUAACCUCAGGCUGUGUUCAUGUUAUCUCGGUUACUUAAGGUAGUGAUGGUGGUGGUGUUACCUCGGUAACAGAGGUGGUGUUAAGACAAGUUUAUUUAACCAGGUGACUAAAGAGACCAGAUCAGUCUCAUUUGUACGGGUGACCUGGUUCACCUCAGUUACCUCUAGACGGUAGUGCUGGUAUUAAACUCGUUUAACUUUUGACGGUGGUGUUAUCUCAAUUACCUCAGUCGUGACGGCGUUUACCUCCGACGGUGGCGUUACCUGAGAAAGUGGUGAUUGUGGUGUUGGUGUUGUUAGCUUUAGGGGGUGGAGUUGUUACCUCAGGCAUAACCUCGGUUAUCUCAGACAGAGGUCGAGGUGGUCAUGUGUUACCUCUGUUACGUAAGAUAGUGGUGGCCGUUAGCUCAGAUGAUGGUGGUGGUGUUUCCUCAGUUACAAUCGGCGGCGGUGUUAUUUCAGGCGUUACCUCAGUUUACCUCUGGUGGUUAAGUCCAUUUGUUUUCACACAGCGGAUAGGCGUCCCCACUGUUUUCCUCGGCGCCCUUUGGUUGAGCGCUCUCACGUGACCGUCUCCGGAGUGUCUGCGAUUGGUCAAUACCUUGUUGCUAUGCGUACAUGAUGUAGGGAAUGUUAUAGUGCAAGCGCUACGGGCCUAUACAAUCGUUUUUGUAAAGUUUUAGUAGUAAUCAUCAAAGAUGGGAAAAGUUGUUGCUCACGCUUUGGGUUCUGUAACGAUUGCCAACAUGCGGUUUGUGUCUGGAAGUAUCGAUUACCACCAUGGCAGCCGACAUGUGUAGCUGUCAGGUCACGUUUGUAAGCCCUUCAACUCUGUGCUCUUUUUAUCGCUGGAUCGCCGGCUCCAAAUGUUUGCGCCAAAGCUUUUUUUAUGAAUUUGUCCGAAAUUUUCUCUGUACGUUAUAGUCAUUCCCUCAACAGCAACAACUUCAUUCUAAAGUUUCGUUCCUAUUUCAGCGUCUUUAAGGGAGUUAUCAUGCCUCCCCCCUGCCCUUUACAGACAUACGGACUCGUGACAUAGCUUAGUUGGGAAGCGGUUAAACGUUUAAACUUUGUGAGUGUUGUGUUUGUGUUGAACGAGUGAUAAUCCCAGAGCUUCGUUGUGUGUAAGAGACUGAGGGCCGUUCCCACGCCGUACGUAUCGACCUGGUGUGUUCGACCACCGAUCUCGGUGCGGGUUAGGGAAGUUUAGGCUAUCAACUCGCCACUGAUGUUAGCCGUGUUCGGGAAUCGGAUCACCAGGUUUAGAGCGCAGUUGCGCUCACCGUUACACCAUCGCUCAGUCCAUUUACAAACAAUGCCUACUACAUUCACACUCAAUUAGUCGAUGAGGAUCGUCCCCUAGCCGUAUGGGUCGUGGGGGGGGGGUAUUUGAAUAUACUGUAUGGUUUAUCGCCACGCUGGUCAUUGUGGGUUUGGUGAAGACGGGGAGCAUCGGCGUAGGCGCAUAGAAAUACAACACAUUAAUGGAUGAUUCUGCUAUUUUUUUCAAAGUCGCGCAGUUUACAUGAACGUGCGUUUUUUUCAGCACCGUGACCACGCUGCGUUCAGGUUGUUUGAAUGUUGCAUUGCUUUUAAUUGGGAUUUUAUCGAGGAAAAAAAUGUGCAAAGAGGCAGUAAGAGACGCAUGCUUGGAAUUUACAUUUAGAGACAGAAUGAGGAUCAUUGAGAAAAAACUCGCAGCAAAGUUAAAUCCUGUACAUCAUCCUGACUGUUGAGAACGUUUGCGGGAUUGGGGAAUUGCUCGUUUGUCAAAGAAGAAUGUCCGAUGGUGGAGACUCACGACUGAGUGACAGUUAAUGGAGCGAACGCGCCCAAGACGUCGUCCGCCACCAUACGUAGCCAACCGUGUUAAUCGGAAGUGCGGGGCAAGGGCAACAAACUAAACACAAAAAGCCCCGUGCUUUGUGACGGGGGGGGGGCCGCUUUGACGUCAUGGUGUCAGAUAUAAUACUUCCGGUUUAGUUUGAAGGCGUUUGGGGGGCCCACGCGGUGUGAUUUGCCCCGGGUCCCUCUUCCCCCCCAUGGUUGGCCCUCAGCAGAGCUUUUGAGUAGUUUUAUUUUUCAUAUGCCUGAUGGUUUUUCUCCGGGUUCUUCGGUUUCCUCCCACAUGCACCAGCCAAACUAUCAUGGCAAUGGCCAAACAUUCCUCCUUAAAAUGUGGUUUUGAUUUCCAUUGAGGCUAUCCUGGAAAGAUAAAGGACAUUAUUUUUUUUAUCAUAAUACUGUGACUAUAGAGUAAUUGCUUGCUUCUCACACAUCUAUAAUCUCUGCAAAAAAAUAUCGGCAGUAAAAAUGUGAUGUAAGGGGUAGGUAACCCAAUUCUAAGCAUCCUAAUCAUCAUCUUUGAUCAGUCGAUUCCUGGAUGAAGGCCUCUCCAAGCCGUCGCCAUCUCCCACAGUGCUGCGAUGUAACAACCAGUUAUAAUAAUGAUUUGCAGCCCAAUGCCAAAUACUGACUUCUAGAUGAAGCCUUCUCAGUCCUGUGACAGUCAUGGGGAUUAUUUCGCCAUACUUGCCCACGUUGGUCAGCGAGGAUUGGUAAAAAGAGGAGUCCAAGUACUGGUCCAAACAUCGAUCCCCGUUGAUGUUAGCUGUGGCUUGAAAUUGAUCUUAGGUCUGCGGGUUCACAGAGCAGUGCGGAAAUCACUGCGCCACCACUCCCCUCCCUGUAAUAGUCAUUACGUUGUGUAAAUUCUCAUUCAUUAUUCAAGACUGCGCUCAUAAAUGGUGAAAUCUUAGAGGUCAUCGUGCGCUGUUGACUUUGUCCUCUGGAUAUAAACCGAUAAAUUAAAUAGACUUUAUUUUAGAGCCAAGAGAGAACACCUUGGUAGGGCACGUCAUAACGAGACGGAGGAGCACGUGCCGUCACCACAACUUACGCCGCUCUCCCGUCUGGCUGUUACCAAGACGGCAGAGUUGGUUUGGGUUGUGGAAAUGUAAUGUACCGUAAAGUCAGCAUUGCGCCAUCGUUGUUAGUCAGGGCUCUAGUUGCUUAAUGCACAGUAGCGUGAAAGACCUGUCUGGCGCCUCUACAGCUCAUCAGCCAGGCCCUCGUUGUUUAAACUUUAAAUAGUGGAAUUUCAUUACAGCAUCGGCUGUGUAUACCAACACCUCACUUGCGUGAUCAGUAACAACAAGCACUGCCUUGUAAAUUCUAUCUCAGAUUGUAAAACAAGCGGACGUUUUGGCAAUGACUUAAAAGCAACCUUGCCUGUGUUAUUAACACUUCCUCGUAGGAGAGACGUAUACAGUAGGCUCCAAUGUUUCAGGCAAUGGCCCUCCAUUGCGAAGAGAGAGGGCAGCUUUAUUGACUGGGAUGGUGUAUCGCCUGAAACUGUAUUCGUGUACUUUAUAAAGCAGCCAGAUGAAGUCGGCGCGCCAGGAUUAAAUGCCACGGGAACACAGUUUCCUCCACUCACUGCGCAACCACAGCAGUCCUGCCAGGCUCGGUGCGCUCGGCGUUCCUGGGUCCGGAGGAGGCGGAGGUGGAGGGGGCGGGACUGUGAUGCUGGCUCCUCCCACACCACCACCACCACCUCCUCCACCGCCAUCGACGGCGCACGCAGCGCUGUCAGGGAGAAUGAACGGCGCCCAGGAUGGGGCUCACGCCGAGCCGACCCGCUCCGGCACCACACUCGUGCGCGUCUCCCUGCCCAACAAGCAGCGCACCGUGGUUCCUGCUCGUAGCGGGGUGACCGUGAAGGACAGCCUCAUGAAGGCGCUCACGAUUCGUGGCCUCACCACGCACUGUUGCGGCGUCUACAGGGUGAAUGAACGUGGGAAGGAGAUGAUCGAUUGGAACAUGGACGUGUCGUGGUUCAUCGGGGACGAGCUCUCGGUGGAAAUUUUGGACAACGUGCUUCUCACCACACACAACUUUGUGCGCAAGACGUUCCUGUCCCUGGUUUACUGCGAUUUCUGCCUGCGCUUCCUCUUCAAUGGCUUCCGCUGCCAAACGUGCGGGUACAAGUUCCACGAGCGCUGCAGCACGGAGGUGCCCAUGGUCUGCAUCAACCUCCACCAGCUCAAAAACCGAAUCCAGCCGGACAUGCGGGACCUGACGUGGUGUGACCACCCGAGCCCCAUCUCACCGGGCUACUUAAGCCGCCCGCCAAUGUCUGCCAUGCCGGCAUCGAGCCAUGGGUCGCCCGACAUGCGACCGAGCUCGCACGCGUUCCCGUUCCCUCCGCUGCUCGUGGAGGUCGGGGGGUCGCUGGGCUCUCGCGAGCGCUCCACAUCCACACCCAAUGUGCACAUCCCGAGCACCACGACGCCUGUGGAUGCCUCACUCAUAGAGAGUCUCUUGAAAAGUUCAUCCUCCCACCAAUCAGGAGGGAGCCACACGGGCGCCAGCCCUCCCGCCAGCCAGUCGGGCGUCGUGGGGCGGUCAAAAGGGCAAAGGUCGCCCGUCACGCGGGAAAAGAAGCUCCCGUCGUCCGACGAUAAGCGUCUGACGAAAGGCGAGGGUAUUGGUGGCAACCGAGACUCGAGCUACUACUGGGAGGUGAAGGAGGAGGAGGUGACGCUGGUGAAACGGAUUGGCUCCGGUUCGUUUGGAACCGUCUACAAGGGCAAGUGGCAUGGCGACGUGGCCGUGAAGAUUCUGAAGGUGACGGGGCCCACGCCGCAGCAGCUCGAGGCCUUCAAGAACGAGGUGGCUGUGCUGAGGAAGACGCGGCACGUGAACAUCCUGCUGUUCAUGGGCUACAUGACGCAGCCGCGUCUUGCCAUCAUCACGCAGUGGUGCGAGGGCUCCAGCCUCUACCGCCACCUGCACGUGGCCGACACCAAGUUCGAGAUGUACCAGCUCAUCGACAUCGGCAAGCAGACGGCGCAGGGCAUGGACUACCUGCAUGCCAAGAACAUCAUCCAUCGAGACCUCAAGUCCAACAACAUCUUCCUGCACGAGGCGCUGACGGUGAAGAUCGGUGAUUUUGGCCUGGCUACCGUCAAGUCGCGCUGGAGCGGCUCCCACCAGCUGGAGCAGCCGUCCGGCUCCAUCCUCUGGAUGGCGCCGGAGGUAAUACGCAUGCAGGACAAUCCUUACACGUUCCAGUCUGACGUCUACGGCUUUGGCAUCGUCCUGUUCGAGCUCAUGACGGGGCGACUACCGUACUCCAAUAUCAGCAACCGCGACCAGAUCAUCUUCAUGGUGGGCCGGGGCUACCUGUCCCCCGACCUGGGUGAGGCGUACGGGAACUGCCCCAGAGCGAUGAAACGCCUCAUUGUCGACUGCAUCAAGAAGAAAAGGGAGGAACGGCCACUCUUUCCACAGAUCCUGUCAUCCAUCGAGCUGCUGGAGAAGUCCCUGCCCAAGAUUCACCGCAGCGCCUCGGAGCCGUCGCUGCACCGUGUCGGCAUCCAGCCAGACGAGGCCCGACUUUACGCCUCCAACUCGCCCAAGUUCCUCAUCACCACUCGUGCUUAGAGACAGGGGCCCAUGCCCAUGCGCGCUAGGCUCCGCGUUCGGCUCCGCGCUUGGCUCCACUUGUGCGCGUGUGCGUUGCCCCAAAACACACACAGGAAUAGCCGCGCAGCCUGGAUCCAAUCUCGGCUCCCCUCUCUGCCCAUCACUCAUGUGUCUGUUGCACUGUGUGGUGUUUCACACACACACGAGCACGCUCAACCUGGAGCCUCUCGAAAACACGCUUGGCUCCACUCUCUGCGUGUGUGCAUGUGUGUCUGUUGCACAUCUUGUGUGUUCGUGCAUGCGCGCGCUAUCACGCGCUCUCUCUGUUGUGCUGCAGUGUGCGUGCAAGUGUUUGUUAUGUGUGUGUGUCCGGUUUGACUGUACCCUCGUGUGAAUAUUCCCUUUGGUCCUCUAGCAUUGGCGUUAGUCCCCCUGACGCUGGCACAUGGGCUGUUAAUGUUUGUGUUGGGUCAUGAGCGUUGGCAUUAUCCCUCUGGCGAUAGGCUACUGUUCUUGCUGGAUUGCUAGCAUUGGCACGGAACUUCUAAUAUUGCUUUCAGGACACUCGUGCUAUUGUAGGAUAUUAACACAUGUUAGGCAGCUAGCAUUGGUCCCUAGAAAAUUUCCUUUAGGCCGCUGGCAUUGAAUUGCAAGUAUUAUGUGGCUACCAGCAUCACCUUUAGUCCAUUAGCAUUGCCUCUUGGCCUCUGGCAUUGGUGUUGGGUCACUAGACCCAGGCUCCAAGGCACCAAUGUUGGCUUUACACUGCUGUGCGUGUCAUCACUGUCAAAACAGGGCAAGCCCCCUUGCCUUAAGUAUGUGUUUAUCUGAACUUCUAAAUCUUUUUAAAUAUUUCCCUAACCUCCCCUCACUCCCUUACUGCAUAUAGGCACAUUCAUGAAAUCUGCAGAAUGCGUAGGUGGAUUAUAAAUUAUUAUGACUUAUUAUUAUUUUGAAAUUAAUAAUUAGUAUAUAUUAUACGCAUAACAUCACGAUCAACGUUUCUCACGUUCACCCGUCGGCCAAUGUAAUUAAUUUGCUUUGCGUGGUGUAUAUAUAGAGGUGGGUGUGCGAUACCGCGCGCGAUGGAGAAGUGACUGGUUAAGCGUAAGGGGAGGAAGAGGCCCUGGGGCGGUGUACGCCACUGUCUCCAUCUUCUUACUCUCGCGUGUCUUAACAAGCAACCUCGCUCGCGUUCUCCCUUCGGCUCAACGCACCUGUGCGCGGGAAGGCACGGACACACAGUGCUCGUACACAACCCUUUCCAAAGAUGCCUGCAACCCCGUGCCUCCCGUUCUCGUUGACCCCUUAAUCCACAAUCGGUGCUUUAAUUCCACGCAAGGUUAGCUGGCUGCCUGAGGUGUGCUUACCGUGGAGUGGGAUGGUAAGACAUUAAGUGAUUAAAGGUUAAGAGAGAUGGCAGUAGGUGACGGCCAAAAUUACGGCAGUGGAAGCAAAAUUUUGACAAUAGAAUUUUGCGAGAGCGUUGCUGCUGCGUGAUUGGCGCGCCGGUUGCUCCUGGGAUUUGCGAUACUGCAGCCAUUUUAACGGGAUUUCCCCCGUGCUGCCGUAGGACGGGGCUUAACUUAUGAUGUUUUCAACCUUUUCUAAAAACAAUAGGAACUGAGGGGAGUGGUGAGUAAAAUACCUGGUCAACUGUCUUGGCAGAAAACCGCAACACUCAAAAAAUUAUUUUUUUUCUUAUUUUGUACAACGGGGAGCUGACAUUUAAAGUUUUCUGUGUCCCUUUAUGCGUGUGUUCCUUGGUACAACGGUACUCAUGGUUGUAUAGGUGGGCAUGUGUACAAAUUAAAUGAGCAUUAGCGUAUGGGGAAGCUGGUGCCGACUUAAUGCAGGUAGAAAAGAUAAUCGGCUCUGGCCCUGUGCUUAAGCUUUGUGCGUGUUUUAAAAAAAAUAAUCAAGCAACAAAAUCCUUUGAGAGUAAUUUGUCUGAAAGUAAAUAUGAACGUUUAAAAGAACUUAAGUGAUUGAAUAAUUAUGGAAUAAACGCUGUAAAUAUAUAAGCUUUUACAUAUCAUUUAGGGUUUUAGUUUCACUCUUGAAUAAGAUGGCCUUGUAAAGGUAUAUAUUAAAGGUGAACAAAAGCGGUUAUUUUUGUAAGCUUUUCAGCAAUAAUGCAGCAAAAACGAAACGACAAACAGUGCGUCUUAAAAUGCUAAAUGAAGAGUCGCAAACCGCAAAACAAAUAUGUUGCAGAUACAUUUUACGUUGAUUUGUCUGACCUGGUCAUGUGAGCAGCACAUCGCCAUCUCAAUUUGGGAUUUAAGCAGAACCCAUGGAUAUCACGAUGGAUUUGCAAUCCAGAAGUCGCCGGUUCGAUUAAAUCCCAUGGCGUGGCAGUUGAAACGGUGGGCGAGUUUAUUAAAUCUUCACCCCCUCCGUCCGCCUCAGCAUUUUCUGUAAGGUCACGUGUGGUGGGUGUGCUCCCACCUCUUCCAAGACGUUUGGCCAGCGUGGAAGAGUAGACCAAAAAAAAACCUAGAGGGAGCUCUCUCUAGAGCUGCCAGCCAUUGCCAUGAGCAAGCAAUUGCACAGCUGCGCCUUUACCGCUGUGAUAGAGGAUGAACGGUUCCCAGCCCCUGACAGUUGCUGCUUGUGGUCACUCGUCUGGAGACAAUGGCUCUGUUGCUGGCGGCUUGCGACAUGUGCUGGUCAGUCACUGUGCGAGGUGAGCUUUCUCUGGUUAAAUUAUACAGCGUGUGGGCUUCACUUUUGGCCACUGAUUCAUAUUCACGACGAGAGCAUUCAGGAUCCUGCCUUUUAUCCUUCGACAAGCAGCUAAGAUCGCAGUCAGGGCCCAUGGUAGAUUCCAGCCACAACUCGCCCAGUCUUGCCAAGUUCAGGGGCGAGCAUAGGGUUAUAUUCUUGACUAGACACAAACCUAGUGCGAUGCUGUUUCAUGUUAGAAUGUGUAGGCGUCUGUGCGCGACGAGAAGCUGACGUGAAUGAAGAAGCCGAUUUCAAUCUCGUGUUGCACUGAAAGGUGGUGAGGUCGGGGUCAGGUUUGUGCCUGAAGCUUGGCCAGAGGUUCAGGGAUUUUUUUUAAAGGGACUUCACUCCCCGUCCAUGCUGUCCGUGUCCCCAAACAAAUCAUAGUUAAAAAAAACCUUCCAUCAUUCAACACAGCACUUGAAUUUAAUGUUGGUGAGCUACACAUUGCUUCCUUUCGGAAGCAAUCUACACAUAUCAGGGCAUGGAAGGCAGGGAUUUCUGGUCCGCCGAUUUCAGUUAGAACCAUUUGCCAAGCUUCUGGCGCCUGACCCAAUUUUGUUGCCAAGCAUUAAAAUGAUAGAUGUACAACGCAAGCGCCGUUCGUCGCUUUGCCACGUGGUCGGAGCGUAACGUCACGGCGCCGUCUUUUUUUUUGCAAACCUCGAGAGCCGGUCGCUGCGCGGCUCUGCCACCCAAUGUCGCCUUAUUUAAAAAAACCAAAACGUGGCUGCGACAGUUUUUUUUAGCGUGGAGCCGCAGGCACGGGGGGGGGGGGGGGAGAGCGUGUUGACAUUUUGGCGUUCAGCAGCCGACAGAUGCUGGCUUUAAAAAAAAUUGUCUUUCAGCCGCUCAACAGCACCUUAAUGUGUGGUGGAUGGUCAUGUCCCUUUAAAGAGGGCCCGUGUCGAAUUGUGUGCUGAUGAGCUGCGUGCGAAUGGAGUGCUCUACCAAAAAAAACCUCCCAAGCGUCUCGGCGCUAGAUUCUAAUUGGGAUUCGAGUGGUGGUGUCGUGGCUUGCGUCACCACGUUCGUCAGUUUUGACAGGCCAGACCCCGGCCAGCGGGCUGUUUCUGCCAAAUUGAGCGAGAACUCAAUUUCCAAAUGGAUGUUGUUGCGUCACUUGGGAUUGUUUCGCUAAGCUGGCUUAGCCAUGGCACUGCUGAGCAUAAUUUGGCGCAUUUGUGCAUAGCGCCUUUAUUAUAAGCAGACACUGCUAUGUAAAGAGCAUUGGCGUAAGCCGUGCCAAAUCAACAGACUGCUCACCACGGACAUUUUAACGUCGAGGCAGUUUCACAAAAUUUGUGGAAGCUAAGCCGCAUUUUGAGUAGGCAUGUAAUGAUCUGCCCCCCACUGCAACCCCAUGAUUGGCAGAAAUUUCAAGAUGCGCGGUCACGAUUUGAUUGGAGAAUGAAGUGUUGUGUUGUCA